AUGGUCUUCUUCAUAGGUGUUCUUAGGUAUGCUGGGAGAGAUCUGAUGAUGGGCAAAGGGAAAAAGGACCCAGACCCUAUUAAUAUUAGUCAAGAUAUGUUGAAAAAUGACGAGCUGAUUGACCUAGCUGAGAUCCAAAGUGAAAUCGAAGGUCAUGAAUAUAUGAAUAACGCUUUGACUAGAAGUGCUAGGUUCAGGACAAACUGUGACUUUCUCCCUCCUGAUUCUGUUAAGCUUAGAAAAGCUUACUUUUGAAGAAAUGAAACAGGGUAUUUCAGAAAAGAGGUAGCUAAUAACCCACUUCAAGCAAUGAUGAACCCUGAAAUGAUGACGGGAAUGCUUAAAGGACAGUUCUUUAUGACUAUUUUCAAUUUUGGAUUAAUCUCACUGACGAGCACAUUCUUCAGUGGAUUUGUAAAUGCUAAAAUGCCAUUCCCAUUGGCUCAGAGCUUUAGAUCAAUGCUCCAACAAGGAUUGACUCUGUCCAACUUGGAUGUCAGAUACGUAUCCUCAUUCUCAUGGUGUAUUCUCUGUAUUUAUGGACUCCAAGGGCUCCAGAACCUUAUUACAGGCACAGGAUCAAUGAAAGAAGAAAUGGAGAUGAUGACUGGUGGAAUGAUGGGAGGACAACAGAAGGGCGGUAUGCCAGGCCAACCAAAAGAUUUUACAAAAAUCUUCAAAGGAGAGAUCGAAAAUUAUGAAAUCCUUACAAGCAAGUUCUCUCUUGAGCAUGCUGAAAAACAAGUUUUAUUGCAACAUAGACAUACUAAAAAGAUGAGGUUUUAA